AUGGCGGCGCGCGCCAUCAAGGUCAUCUCGCGAGGUUCCAAUUGUCACGUGAAUGAGGCUAUUACAGCCUGGAUCGCUGAGCGUGCCCAGUCCUAUCAAGAUUCUAACAAGGUGGCCCUUUUCCUUCGCCCCUUCUUCUUUUGGAUAGACAAGAAGUUGUUGGAGCUGUUUAAUGAGGGUUUUCAAAAGUUUAGUCAGGCGCUGACGGAAGACGUAAACUCUGACUCAGAUGCAGAGGAAGAGCAGGAGGAGGAGGAGACAGGCGCCGAGCCCAUACCCGAACGAUUUUCCGCCUCUUCUUCGGCGUCCACGUCAUCCGAAGACUCCGCAGACAGUGCGGUUGACGAUGACCUCAUUUGGGUAUUUCGACUGCCGCCGCAGCCGAAACAACAACCGGUCGGCGUCAGCUCCUCCCAGCCCAGUCAGUACCAAUCUAUUCCGCCCAUCACUUCGGCCUGCAUGCGCUGUCGACAGGUGCUGGGUCUGAUUUUCGAGGCUCAGUUGGCACACAGCUUCUCCUCGGUGGUGGGCAACUUCUGUGUGGCCAACUGCACCAUCAUGGAUGUGCAGGCGGAAAGUGCGGAGGUGACAGUUCACUGCACGAAAUGCAGUUCGAAUCUCAAGAUAGUGGUAAGUUCUGCCAUGUCUCUUCAUCUACCCGUUUUCUCGCACCAGUUUUUGCACGCGUGCUUAUUAUCAUGCUGCGGAAUCUGGUGA